AUGGCUUCAUAUGCAGUUCCAGCGCUGAAUGCAACAUCCCCAACUGUACCACUCCUCACAGAAUUUUACCAUUCGGGUAUCCCGAUUCGUCUAUCUGGUGCAGCAGAAAAUGCCAAGUUUAGGUACAGAAACAACAGCACGGUAUCCGGAAUCACGUCACGAGAGGAAGACCUUCCGGUGUUACCGCCAGGCGUUGAUAGAUCCCAGUUCAAUGCAGCUAUUACAGAGCUUGAGCGCCUAGUAGGCUCAAAGAAUGUCGUGCUGAACAACAAGCCUUUAAAUGAUGGAUGGUAUAUGGAACACCCAAACACCCACGACGCAUUCCAUCUUCUUGAUCCAAGCAACACAGUCAGUUCCGCCGCGGUAUACCCCAGUUCAACGGAAGAAGUAGCCUCGGUGGUCAAAUGGGCCAACCGAUUCGAAAUCCCUCUGUGGCCGAUCUCCAUCGGACGGAAUCUGGGAUAUGGAGGUGCAGCCCCGCGCGUGCGCGGAAGCGUCGUCGUCGAUCUGGGUAGACGCAUGAACAAAGUAUUGAAGAUCGAUCCUGUGCAGUUUUGCUGUCUCGUCGAGCCGGGGGUGUCGUACUUUAAGCUGUACGAGGAGCUGCAGAAAUCGGGAUAUCCGUUGUGGAUCGACACGCCUGAUAUUGGCGGUGGAUCGGUCUUGGGGAAUGCAGUGGACCGGGGGAUGGGAUAUACCCCGAUGGCGGAUCAUUUUGCAAAUCAUUGCGGAUUAGAAGUAGUUCUUCCCAAUGGGGAAGUCCUUCGAACCGGCAUGGGUGCUCUGCCCGGUCCUAAUGGCCAGGAUAAUCCGACCUGGCAGGCUUUCCAGUAUGGAUACGGGCCCUACAUCGAUGGCAUCUUCACGCAAUCCAACUUUGGCAUCGUGACAAAGAUGGGCAUGUGGCUGAUGCCGGAGACCCAUCAUCUUACUCUCCUAGUUACAUUCGCCGAAGAGGAUGAUCUUGCCAACAUAAUCGAAGUCAUACGGCGGUUAAUGGCGCGGAAGAUUAUUGAGGGUUCCCCUCAACUCCGACAUGUCAUUCAGGAACUCACUGCGACGGGCAAGAAUCGGAGUGAAUUCUACGCCGGGGAUGGACAAGUCCCACAGCAGGUGAUCCGCCAACAUGCGUCAAUACUGCCAUGUGGUGACUGCUCGUGGGUUCUCUACGGUAUGAAAUCAUGA